AUGCCCCGGAACCACGCGGAUAACGGCGGCAUGCCGGACGAGAAACGGGUGGAGUUCGUGGGACUGACGGCGGUGGAGAGCGGGCUCCCCGGCCGGGACGGGACGGCGGGCAGCCCCGGAGAUCGGCACCACAGCAGCCGGCUGAGGCUGGCGGGGGCGCCCGGAGACGGCGAGAGGCUGGGGCUGGCGGCGGCGCCCGGGGACGGCGCGCAGAGUGCCCGCGUCGGGCUGCUGGGCAGACCGCUGCCGCUUAAGCACGGAAACAAACGGAAUGCCCGCUACAGAAAGCUGCAGAACUGUCUCUACAACGUCCUGGAGAGACCGCGCGGCUGGGCUUUUAUUUACCAUGCCUUCAUAUUCCUCCUCGUCUUCAGCUGUCUUGUCCUCUCAGUGUUUUCCACCAUCCCCACUCAUCAGGCUAUGGCCAAUUCCGGGCUCUUUAUUCUGGAAUUCGUCAUGAUCAUUGUAUUUGGGUUGGAAUAUGUCAUUCGAAUCUGGGCAGCCGGCUGCUGCUGCCGGUACCGCGGACUACAGGGGAGACUCCGGUUUGCCCGCAAGCCCUUCUGUGUGAUCGACUUCAUCGUAUUCGUGGCCUCUGUGGCGGUGAUAGCCGCCGGGACCAAGGGCAACAUCUUCGCCACGUCAGCCCUUCGCAGCAUGCGCUUCCUACAGAUCCUCCGCAUGGUCCGGAUGGAUCGCAGGGGAGGGACCUGGAAACUGUUGGGAUCCGUGGUGUAUGCUCACAGUAAGGAGCUGAUCACAGCCUGGUACAUCGGGUUUUUAAUCCUCAUUUUCUCCUCGUUCCUUGUCUACCUGGCUGAGAAGGAGGAUAAUUCAGAAUUUUUAACAUACGCAGACUCCCUCUGGUGGGGUACAGUUACACUAACAACGAUUGGUUAUGGUGACAAAACACCGCAGACGUGGCUUGGCCGGAUGCUGGCAGCAGGAUUUGCACUGUUAGGAGUCUCGUUCUUUGCACUCCCAGCUGGAAUUCUGGGUUCAGGGUUUGCUCUGAAAGUUCAAGAACAACAUCGACAAAAGCACUUCGAGAAAAGGAGAACUCCUGCUGCCAAUCUCAUUCAGGCUGCUUGGCGUCUCUACUCUACAGAUGUGAGUCGGCCUUACCUGACUGCCACCUGGUAUUACUAUGACAGUAUUCUACCUUCGUUCAGAGAACUGGCACUUAUGCUUGAAUCACUCAGCCGUUGGCGCAAUGGUGGGCUUAAAAAUUCAGACUGCAAAAAACUACAAGAAGAAUCCCCACAGAUGCAUGCAUUUCAUUCAAGUCAAAGAUUAAUUGUACCCCCCUGUAAUCUGGGGGACAGUAAUCUCUUUAAUAGUAAAAAGAAUUUCUUCCGGAUUCAGAGCACACGGAGACAGAGUAACCAGAGGUUAGGCUUCAGAGACAGAAUGAAGAUGAACAGCCCAAGGAUUCAGAGUAUAAGGAACAAGCAGGCAUCUGCCCCAAGUAUCCAGCGCUGCCCCAGCACAGAGAACGCAACACAGGUCAGCCCCACCAAGGUGCAGAAGAGCUGGAGCUUCAACGACAGAACCCGGUUCCGAGCGUCGCUCCGCCUGAAGCCCAGAGCCACGGUGGAAACCGAGAACCUGGGAGAUGACAACUACGAUGAAAAAGCCUUUCACUGUGACAUCAGCAUGGAAGAUGCAAAGCCGAUUGUGAAAACUCUGAUCCGAGCCAUCAGGAUUCUGAAAUUUCUGGUAGCAAAGAGGAAAUUUAAAGAGACCUUGCGACCGUAUGAUGUCAAAGAUGUGAUAGAGCAAUACUCUGCAGGCCACCUGGACAUGUUGGGCCGGAUCAAGAGCCUCCAGUCCAGAGUCGACCAAAUCAUCGGGAAAGGUCAGGUGCCCACAGAAAAGAAGGUGCGUGAGAAAGGAGAGAAAGCGCCACCAGAGCUGGAGCCUUUCGAUGAGCUGAGCAUGAUGGGCCGUGUAAUAAAAGUGGAGAAGCAGGUACAGUCCAUAGAACAGAAGCUGGACAUGUUGUUGAUGAUCUACAGCCAAAGUUUAAGCAAAGGUUCAACCACAGCAUUGACUCUGGCUGCGAUGAACAUUCCUCUAAUUGACCAGGACCUGACCUCUGACUACCAUAGCCCAGUGGACACUACAGAUAUCUCCAUGUCUACCCAGACAUUGAACAUAUCUACCAAUACAAAUCUUGAAGAAAGUCACUAG